GGGUUUUUGAGGAGGAGUCAUGCAUCGGAAUUCAGACUUGCUAGAAAUGGAAGCUCAUGUUCCAUGUAACAGCUUUCCCCCAGUAUAUAUCCCCAAAAUGAAUCAUAACUCAAGUGCUAAUGGCAGUGAGAGGAAUCAUAAUUUAACUACUGACCAGCUUGUUGGGUAUUACAAGGAGGAGUUCAAGCAGACAAUGCUCAAUCAAGAAAUGAUAUUUAAAAAUCAGAUUCUGGACCUCCACCGCCUAUAUGGAAGACAGAGAGAAUUAAUGGGCAUGACAAGGAAUGAAUUAGAUAAACAUAAUCUGGGCACUGAGGCUUCAAGGCAGACUUCUUCUUUGUCUCAAACCUCGCUUGUCUGUACUCAAAAGACGUUCAACAUCCCCGCAUGCAGUCAAUUAUCUAUUUCAGGUGCUGAAAAUGUCCAGUUACCUUCAUGUUUUGUUCAAAAGAGGAACAUACAGGCAUGCUCAUAUCCUGUUCAAUCUGAAGACCAUUCAGGAGACCGUAGAUUUUUGAAAUCUAAAUGCAAGAAAUCUCGGAAGAACUGGGACCUUCAACUUCCACCUGAUACAAUAUACAUUGAUAGUGAAGAAGAGGAACUGUUAGAAGAUGGAAAGGUUUCUGAAGCAGCUGAGGUAUCAAGUUAUCCUACUAAGAAAAUUCCCGAGGUUGUGUGCAAUGGUUAUGCAACUAAUGGAUUCAACUCUGUUCCCAACUAUGCCUCAAGUGCUGCAUCAUUAGAAAAAGGUCUGGUUGACUUAAAUCAUCGGUAUGAGCUAGAGGAAGAAAGAGAUUUUACAUCCAAUCGUUUUGUGGGGCCCACUGACAUCGAGGCUUACUCAAGUAUUCUACUGCAAGGCACAAAAAGCAAACAGGAGCUGUUGUUGUCUUGUAAUCACAGUGCUGAUUACUUGUCCUCGUCAUCUAACUCAUUACAUAAGAAGCUCAAGCAACAUGAACCGUCAUCCCUGCUUCACAAUUGCCAAAAAUCAUCGAGUCAAGGAGCAACGAUUGGUGUUCAGAACCUCAGAAGAAAUUCUGGUUCUAAAGGUGGUCAUCAAUCUGGACAAAGUGGAGAUUUGAUGUGCACAUCAUCUCAGCAUAUUCCUCGUGACUACAUGGAAAAUUCUGGGUCCUCAUGCUUUGCAGGUUUAAGAAAACCUAUACAUGACUUGGCACACACCCCAAUUGUCGACACCUCUAUACCACUCAGUAACAACUGUAAAUCAUCAACACUAAGGCCUGGGCUUGAGGAAGAAAGGUUACAGUUAAAGAAGCAUCUGAGGUCUAGUACAACACAUGAUGGUACGGUCGCUGACAGUAGCUUUAUCAAUGGCUUUUAUUUAGAAUCCAACAACUCAGGGGAUCAGCCACCAACCAUUGGUUGUGAUAAUCUGAUAAGAGUUAAAGAUGGUUUAGUGCCUGAACUUCAUGGAAUGACCAGAUACAUGCAGGAUUCUGCAAAUGUCAAUGCUCAAAAGGACAUAGACUUGAAUUUCAUGCCUUCUAGCUGUUCUUUGGAUGUGGCAGUUUCCCAGAGUUUCCAAACACUUGGAACAGAAAAGCAUGAAGGUUCUAAAAGAGCUGUGCUACUUGAUUUAAAUGUGCCUCAUGAUUCGGUAUGGGUCAAAGAAGCAGAAUUAACUGCUGAUGAACAUGUAGAAAAGAGUAAAUUCAAGAAAGAUGGUCCUGGAGUUCAAAUUGACCUGAACUCAUCCAUAAAUGAUGUUGAGUUUGGAGUUCAGAUUGACCUGAACGCAUCCAUAAAUGAAGAUGAGUUUUCAGCAAUAUCAUCUCCUUCGACAGAGAGCCUUUUGGAGGCACCUGCUAGUCCAGAGAACAAGGAGUGUUCUCCACCAAGAGGCGUCUCAUCUGAUGGAAAUCAAGUUGACACACCUGAUCUAAUGUCAGGACUGGAAGCUCCAGAAAACAAGGAGUCUUCUCCACCUACAGGAGAACCUGAUGAAGAUCAUGUUGAGAUACCUAUUCCAUUGUCAGUACAGGAAGAUUUUCAAUACAAGGUGUGUGCUCAGCCAACAGAAUCUGAUGAACAAGUUGACGCACCAUGUCCACUGUCAGUACCUGAAGAUCUAGAACGUAUGGUGUGUUAUGGGCCAACAGAAUCUGAUGAACAUAUUGACAGACCUAUUGCAUUGUCAGGGCAGGGAGGUCUGCAGAACAAAGAGUGUUCUCAGCCCAUAGAAUUUGAUGAAAAUCAAAUUGAGACACCUUUUCCGUUGUCAAACAUGGAAAACAAAGAUUGUUCUCAGACUAUGGAUUCUGAUGAAAAUCAAUUUGAGACACAUUUACCAUCAGGACUAGAUGAUCUGGAGUGCAAAGAUUGUUCUCAGCCUAUGGACUCUGAUGAAACUCAUAUUUGGACACCUUUGCCAUUGUCAGGACAUGACGAUCUGGAAACCAAAGAGUGUUCACAGCCAAUGGGCUCUACUGAAAAACAAAUUGGCACACCUGUUCAAUUGUCAGGACAUGAAGUGCAUCUGGAAGAGGAAAUGUUCAGGACUGCAGCAGAAUGUUUGGUUUCCAUUUCAUCAUCCGUGUGUCAUACUUGUUCUGAGAGGACCACCGGUAAACCAACUAAAACUUUAUUUAAUUCCCUAAAGUGGUUUGCUGGUUUAGCGUCUUCAGUUUUAGGCAGUCUAGAACACAAGGUGGGCUGUGAUGAUAAUCAGGUGGUUCUACCUGAUGGAAUGGACUACUUUGAGGCCAUGACAUUGAUGCUACCAGAGAAAAAGGUGGAAGAGAGCUGCUGCUGUAGAGGUAAUGACUACAAAGAGGAAGUGAUCGUGACAGCUUCAUCACAAAGUCAGCCAAAAAAGGGUCGACCAAGAAAAGGAAUGCAGUGGACGAAGAACUUCCAAAAGGAAGUUCUCCCGGGCCUUGAAUCUUUGUCAAGAUGUGAGGUGAGUGAGGAUCUUCAGAUCAUAGGAACACUAAUUGAGGCUUCUGCUGAUUGCUCCGAAACAAGAUCAGUAAGAUAUGCAGCUAAAUUUGGGUUGACAAGGGGGAGGAGGAAGUGCACCAUUUCUGCUUCCAAUGUAAAAGAGAGUACUGCCGCAUCACCAUUGAAUCACAUUGGUGUUAAACGGCAAUUGGAAAGGGAGAGGAGAAGCCUAAUUGAUUGGGGGGAGGUAACCAGGGGGCGUAGAGGGCAGAGAAAUCUGGGUAGCAAGGUAUAG